GUAAAAUCGUUCCUCAGUGAACGUUGAGUGGUCGUCGAUCGCGGUUGCAGCUCGCCGUAUGUGCCAACUUCGGGACCUCGUUUCAUUCGAUUAACGAAUACAGAACCGAGUUAGCCUACUUCUCUCACUGCAGUAUGAUCUCUCCGUGUACAAAGCCCGCUGGAGGAGAAUCAAUUCCAAAAUCAGACCUGUGUGAACGCGUGACACACUUUGGAGCACCGAGAUAAAAUCGCGUGAGAUGUACCGGCGAUGAGAUUUUAACUUUCCUCGUGAUCGGACAGAAUGACAUCGGCAGCGCAUGGUGCGUCAUCUCGACGACUAUUGGAAUAUGUAUGAAAGAAACGUUACUCUUUUAUCGGAAAAAUAAAAGAAAAGCAAACCGGCCUUCGCACUUCUACUAAAAUGUAUGCGACUGAGUUAUUGCGAAAUUAUGCUUAUAAUAUUCGUCAUUGCACACCACAUUAGCUUGUUUAAACAGGCUUGCGUAAUGGUCGUGGCGUAAACAUUGCGAGCUGAGAAAAGUUUCGUGAAUUUCGACGCUAACCAAGUAAAUAGAAGCGAACGCGACGAGACCAUCGGGAUAUGAUAUUAUCGGCCGCCUCUCAUUCAUCGACAAGAGUGAAAUUCCCCACUUACGCGGAAAGUAGGUCGCAAGCGCGUGUUAAUAUGAAAGAAGAAUAAAGUUUGCCCGCUCCACCUUCCAAAAGCUUUCUAUUGGCGUCUUUUCAAUAAGAUCAUAGUUCAAGGUUGCUGAAAGGCCCGAAUUUAACUCCAGCUGAUAAUUAUUAAAAUCCAUGAUCGAUUGUGAGAAGUGAGGAGGAGUUCCACCUCCUAGAAUCGCGGAUACUUACGACCUUGGAUACAUCGUCGCACUUUCGUGUAAGGAGUGAAGUGAGCGCAUUAUCAUCGUCGGUGUUACCAGGAAUUAUGUUAUAGUUAGUCGUACAGGUAUGCUACUCGCGCUCAGUCGCGCUUAUGAAUCGCAAGAGCGACCAUCGCGAAAGGAGGUCUUCGGAUGUCAUGAGCGAUUAUUGUUGCGAAAGAAAGAAAGCGCAUAGUUUGUUCGCGCUGUAUACUCGAAAGUAGCGCGGGGGAAACACGUGCUGAGGUCGCAGCAGCUGAUUGAGGUGACGUGCACAACUAAAACCAAUAGACGCGACUGUCUGGGCAGCGCAACUCGUUCGAACUCUCGCAAAAAGUCUCAGUCGAAGAUGCUGGUUUAUGCAAAGCAGUUCGUGAUGCAAAUGACGCGCAAAGGCGAAAGCGUUCACCCGUAACUGUGAACGCGCAAUCUCGCACAAGUGAACUCGGACCAUAAGAGAAUUGUCACGGCUUUAUCUAAUCUAAUCGCGGGGAAUCAGACGCGACGAGAUUGAGAGAGAAAUGCUCUCUGGCUGAUGGACAUGGUGAAGGAAAAGCCGCGCAGUCGAAGUGUGAGCGAUUUGCUCGAUUGGAGAUGUGUAGCCGGAUGCAAGGACACCGUCGCCGUGAUAGACACCAGCGAUGGGGAAGGACACUUCCUGGAAGAGCGUGACAGAGAGCCAGAAACACGCAGACGGAAACGAUCCGGUACAUGGCCGAGGACAAGGAGUUUAAAUGCACCCAAUCCGUAUCAACUGUUCGGGCGAUGCGGGCGUAUCAUGAAAAAUUCCGCGUCAAUUGUGGCUAUCCAAGAUCCAGCCUCUCAGAGGUUGACGUGGUACAAACCACCACUCACCGUUCUGGUCAUCAAGAAGGUUCGCGAUUCAGCGGUUUUGCCGCCGUUUGUUGAAAUGGUCACAUGGCUGAUACAGGAGAAACAAAUGGUAGUGUUUGUGGAAGCUUCAGUUUUGGAAGAUGCGGCUUUAGCCAGAGAUCCAAGAUUCCAAGGAGUCCGUGAUAAAUUGCAAACCUUUAGGGACGGAGAUGAUUUGCAGGAUCGUAUUGAUUUCAUCAUCUGCUUGGGUGGUGACGGCACUCUUCUCUACGCUUCUCUGCUGUUUCAACAAUCGGUGCCGCCCGUAAUGGCAUUCCACCUCGGCUCUCUGGGGUUUCUCACCCCCUUCGAGUUUGAUAAUUUCCGUGACCAAGUGACCAACGUUCUCGAAGGUCACGCGGCCUUGACUUUAAGGAGCCGUCUGAUGUGCAUCAUCGUGCGUAGAAACGAGGAGGGUCAGCCAGAUAAGCCACCUACGAAGCUGCUGGUGUUAAAUGAGGUGGUGGUAGAUCGAGGGCCUUCACCUUACCUGUCCAACAUCGAUCUCUUCAUUGACGGCAAGCACGUGACAAGCGUUCAGGGCGAUGGCUUAAUUGUGAGCACGCCAACCGGGUCGACCGCCUACGCGGUCGCCGCUGGUGCCAGUAUGAUGCAUCCUUCAGUUCCUGCCAUCAUGAUUACACCGAUUUGUCCUCACUCUCUGUCCUUCAGGCCGAUCGUCGUACCUGCCGGCGUCGAGCUCAAGAUCUCGGUUUCACCCGACAGCAGGAAUUCCUCAUGGGUGUCCUUCGAUGGUAGAAAUAGGCAAGAGCUGCUGCACGGUGACAGCCUGAGAGUGACUACUUCCAUUUACCCGGUGCCUAGUAUUUGCGCGACCGACCAGAUCACCGAUUGGUUCGACUCGCUAGCCGAAUGUCUUCACUGGAACGUGAGGAAGCGACAGAAGCAUCUGGACGAAUUGAGCGACCUUACGCAUUCAUCCAGCAACGACACUCUAGACUCCCUCGAUCGAGACAGCUAAGUCAAGCGGACAAUUGGCGAACCAUAGCACACAAUCGACAAUAUUUGGCCAAGUUUUUACGCACUCGGCUGAGAAACCCCAUAAAUCAAACAUCGAUCGGACAGUUGUGUAACACAAACGGGCGAUAGAAACCCCAGUCGUUUUGUCAGAUCAAAGGACUUUAAAGAGUGAGAGUCGUUGGUAUUCAAAGUGGAAUCACAGAAAGUGAAUAUUUUAUCGGCAUUUUUUCGCGCGUUUCGCAGUAUUUUUGACGAUGGUCGAAAAGUAGGUACAAAUUAGGCAACCAAUGAAUUAACGACGGGGAAAUAUUGCGUUAAAACCGUUCAUUCAACAAUAUCGUUCCCGUUUCUCUACGAAAUCUGCCGUCAAACGGUGCGGUGACUGAGUGUUGGUAAAGUUGUACUCUACAAGCUUAUAUUUUCUGGUACAAAACAAGUGCAAGUAGAGGUACUGUAAAUCCCACAAGUGGAGUUUGACCAAUAUUUAUCCAGUUUGAGUCGCAAAGCAACACGCUGGAAUCACGCGGUUUGUGGAUUCUGUAGUUCUAAUCAAUCUUGAUUGAUGUUACCCAAAAACGAAAAGUCCCGAUCAUAAGAUGCAUUUGUCUUCGGAGAAAAUUUAAGUUAACGACGAAGUAUUGUCCGAUUCGUUAUUGUGAUAUUUACAAACUGCUGUACGACUAACACUCUUCGUACGUUUGUCUACUGCAGAUCAAAAUCGAAAUGUCCUCUCUCCGCAAAGUGAUGUACUGAUUAACACAAAAGUGCAUCAAGUAUUUUGUACUCUAUAUCGGAAUUACACUAUCGGUAUAGACUAUUCUUAUAUUCUAGCGUUUUUUCUAGAUUAAUAUGAUUUAAGUAACCGUCAGCAACAAUGCCCUUGCUUUUUUUACUGGUCAUAAAAAAGGCGAUUCAGUAUGAGUCGAUUUAUUGUAAAUCAUGCCGAACGUACUUUUUCCUAUAAUAUAAGCCUUUUUAAGAAAA